AUGUUGCGUGUAGAAGAGAUUCAGGAGGCAAAAGAAUUGUGGAUAAAAGAUACACAAGUGAUGGUGAAAGGAAGAAAUAGUUACUCUCAAAUAAAGACACAGCUUGCAGUGAUAGAAAUCAAUGGAAUCUUACACUGCCAAGGACGUCUUCAAAACACAACACUACCAGUUGAAAGCAAGUUUCCAAUACUGUUACCCCAGGAUAGCAGAUUUACAAGUUUGCUAAUUUCAGAGUGUCACAAGCGUACACGACACGGGGGAGUAAAUACAACAUUAGCGGAAGUCAGAAGCAAGUUUUGGGUCUUAAAGGGACGCCAGGCUGUAAAGCAACAAUUACGUCAAUGUAUGGUUUGCAAUAAGCGAAAUGCAAAGACAUGUGCACCACCUCAAUCUGGACAGCUACCAGCAGAGAGGGUGGUUCGAGGCAACCCGUUUAGUACAACCGGAGUUGACUUUGCAGGACCUAUAUAUUUGAAGAAUGAAGAGAAGGCAUAUGUUGCACUAUUCACAUGCGGCAUAACCCGUGCAGUACACUUAGAGCUCACAGAAGAUAUGACAGCCAAUGAAUUUAGAGGAAUGUUUCGAAGAUUCAUCAGCAGACGUGGAGCACUUGCUACAGUAAUAAGUGACAAUGCAAAAACAUUCCUUGCCACUGCAAAGCACUUGAAGAAGAUAUGUGUAGAGCAAGAAUUGCAAGAAUUUUUGUUGGCCAACCGCAUUGAUUGGCAUUUCAAUGUAGCUAAGGCACCGUGGCAAGGCGGCUUCUUUGAAAGAUUAGUUGGAAUAACCAAGACAAGACAUUAUUCAAGACCAUGGGAAAGGCAAAACUAA